CAGAGAAAUGAUCUCUCGACUUCUUCUUCAAAAAUCCGGAAUUUUGGCUCUGGGAGCAACUGCUGCAAGUACUGUGGCUGUAUGGCAAACUCGUACUGGCUUCUCCAAAAUUCGAGAAGCUCCUACUGGCUCUACACCUGGAUCAUUGCCAACUCGCGAAUCAAUAAUCGAAUCCUUGAAAACCGAAAAACGAUUUGAUGUUUUAGUGAUUGGUGGAGGUUCAGCAGGAGCAGGAGUUGCCCUAGACGCUCAAACACGUGGACUCAAGACUGCAAUGGUUGAAUACGGUGAUUACUGUAGUGGAACAUCUUCAAAAUCAUCAAAGUUACUUCAUGGAGGUGUCAAAUAUUUGGAAACUGCAUUGAAAGAAUUUGACUACGAGCAUUAUCAAAUUGUUCAGGAAGGAUUGAAUGAGCGGCUCAAUAUUAUGAAGUCAGCACCAUUUUUAUCACAGACUUUUCCAGUUUUGGUUCCGACUUAUAAAUGGUGGCAAAAGAUUUACUACUGGGGAGGAGUGAAAGUUUACGAUUUUCUCGCUGGAAAGAAUGUCCUGAAACCUUCAAAAUUUGUAAGCAAAGAGGAAGCUAUUGAGAUCUGUCCAACAAUUCGACAAGAGGGUUUAAAGGGUGCCAUGUUGUAUUAUGAUGGCCAGGGAAAUGAUGCUCGGCUGGUUCUCGUGGUAGCAUUGACUGCGAUUCGAAAUGGAGCAAAAUGUGUCAAUCAUACAGAAUGUAUUGGAUUGCUGAAAGAUUCUUAUGGAAAAGUGAAUGGAGCAUUGGUGAAGGAUCAUAUUUCUGGGGAAACCUAUGAGAUUCAUUCGAAAGUAGUUGUCAAUGCAACAGGACCAUUCAAUGAUCAUAUCAGGGAAAUGGCAGACGAGACAAGAAAUAAAAUAAUAGUUGGAAGUUCUGGAAUUCAUCUAACAGUUGCCAAGUACUUCUGUCCUGGAAAUGCUGGAUUAAUCGUUCCGAAAUCAUCAGAUGGUCGAGUGAUUUUUGCAUUCCCAUGGGAGAAUGUUACGAUUGUUGGAACCACUGACGAUCCGACUGAGCCUUCACAUUCACCAACUGUGACCGAGAAGGAGAUUCAAUACAUUCUGAAAGAGAUGAAUAGGGCAUUUGAGAAGGAAUAUGAAAUUAAACGGGAAGAUGUAACAAGUAUAUGGUCUGGAAUAAGAGGACUGGUGCAGGAUCCGAAACGACAAAAAGAGCAUAAUUCAUUGGCAAGAGGGCAUUUGGUAGAUGUUGGACCAACAGGGCUCAUAACCAUUGCCGGUGGAAAACUAACAACUUUCCGACAUAUGGCUGAAGAAACUGUAAACAAACUUCUUGAUAUUAAUAAAAUUCUUGAAGCUCAACCGUGUGUGACACGUGGAAUGAUGUUUGAAGGAGCUCAUAACUAUACUUCAAUGCUCUAUCGGACCAUAUCUCAAAACUAUGGAAUUGAAGAACAAGUCGCCACUCAUUUAUGCCAAACGUAUGGGGAUAAAGUCUAUGAAGUACUCAAACUAUGCAAGUCAACUGGCCAGAAAUUCCCAGUCAUCGGACAUCGGCUCCAUCCAGAUUUUCCAUUUUUGGAGGCAGAAGUAAGAUAUGCAGUGAAGGAAUAUGCACGGAUUCCAGCUGAUAUUCUCGCACGUCGUACACGCCUUUCUUUGUUGGAUGCUCGAGCUGCAAGACAAGUUUUGCCACGUAUCGUUGCAAUAAUGGCGGAGGAGUUGAAAUGGAGUCCGAGUGAACAAAUUUUUUAUUUUGAUGAAGGAAUGAAAUUUUUGAAAGUGGAAAAUGGGAGUGUUCAAUCUUGGAAAAAAGAGCAUAGUGGAGUUGAAUUGCCUUGAAAAGCGGACGUUGCUUCCAAGUUUGAGAAACUUGAUAAACGUAAUCAAUGAUACUUCACGAGUCGAGAUCUCCAGCAAUCAUUAGAAGAUCAGAACGUCAAUAUUCCACAGGAUGUACUCGACGAUGUUGUUAUGGAAGCAAAUGAAGGGAAUAAAUAUGUAUCGCUGGAAGAUUUACAAAAAAUUUUUAUGGAUAGCAAAAACGGUUGUACGAAAGGACGUCGCCUGAUUGACCACCUCGGUAAUCUCAAAAAAUGUGAAUCACGACUUUGACACUAUUUGAUAACUCACUAGCUUCAGUGAGUCAAUAAAUUUAAGAUUUUAAGAUUUUCUCUAAUAAAAUGGUGCCUCG